CGUGCAGGGAGCUUCGAUAUAAAUAAGAAGCAGUUCCUGGGCAAACCGCUCAGUUCUCUCCAAUCCAAGUAGCACACAAUCAUCAUACUGUUACAAACGACCACAUUUUAUCAUGACUCCUGAUUCAUCCAAUCCCGAUGGGGCUCUCCCCUCCCACACAGUCCCCUUGAAAAGCAGUGCAAUAGUCAACAGCGAGGAGUCUAAACUAUCAGAUUUGGAGAAGGCUCAGCUGGCACUCGCUGACAAAUUCAGCUCUCCGGACGUUUAUAUCGAUGGAGAAAAAGACACCUGCUGGCAUCCAUGGCUCAACAACCUCGAGCUAAAGCCAUUGCGAUUUGAAACUCGGACCGGUACCUUCGUGGUCGUGUUGCGCAGCCUGGAAGACACUUGGUUGGGUAAGCAUCGCCAUCGGGGCUCUGUGACUGCGGUUACCCUGAAAGGUCAAUGGAACUACAAGGAGUAUGAUUGGGUCGCAAAGCCAGGUGACUACGUUGUUGAGAACCCGGGAACAAUUCAUACAUUACAUAUGGGGAAAGGGGCGGAGGUGGUUUUCACAAUCACGGGCAGCUUGGAAUUCUUUCAUGAUGAUGAUACUCUGAAGAAUACGAUGGACAUUUUCAGCUACGCUCAUUUAUAUUAUGAGCAUUGCAAGAAGCAAGGCCUCAAGCCAAAUGAUGGGCUUUGGUACUAG